AUGAGGGCAAUCGAUUACUUUCAAGUGCUGUCAUAUACCUUCCUCGCACUUUCGCCGCUCAGUCAUGCGAGUGCCUCCCAACACAAAGAUGUCCCAGUUCUUGCGCCCAAGACACCAGAUGUCGACGCGAUCUCUUUGCUCAGUUCCCGAACGCAAGACCAUGACAGUAUCUUUAACGAAGCUGUCAAGAUUCUGGACUCGAUGAAAGCUUCACCCUCGUGCAAUCGGCUAGCGGCGACUAAACUAGUGGACUCGUGUCAAACAUUCAGCGAUGGCAAAGACAGCACGCAAACGGAGAGCCCAGAAAGGCUCGACCUUUUUCGAUCCGUUUAUGCCGCACGGCUAGCAUUAUGUGAAAUUGACGGUACUGGCACCCCAAUGCCUCCGUCAUGCCUUCCUGUUACCGUGUCACCACCUCCACAGAAGAAUCGAUUCGGCUUUCUGAGUCGGCACAGAGGCUCUGACUCUGUUUCGGAUGAAGUCCCAAAAGAACUAUUGGAGCAGUGUCUCAGAACACUUGAGUCACGACCCCAGUGGUGGACUUCUUACAGCAACAGCCGACAGAAUGCUCUUGUGAUCUGCCAUGCUUCGCGAAUCGAGACAGAAAAAGAGGAGCUUCUUGACCUGCAUCGGUCCAUUGCCAAGAGUAGUCUCAAGCUCAACAUCGGGAUUCAAGAGGCUUUGCAGAAUGCAACUGCACAGUCUGCACAGCAGCACUCAUUCAUCCAAGCUGUUCAAUCUCUGCAGGAGAAGAUCGUGGCCGAAAUGGAGGUGACGAAUUCAGUUUUCAAACGAACAUUCAACAAAUUUCUCCAAGAAAUCGAAGCUGGAAUAUGGUCUCUCCAAGAUUCUAUGUCUGUGGCUUUGUCAAAUGUGCGGACUGGAACAGGGGUGCUUGAAAAGGACAUCCUUGAUGUAACGACUCAAGUGGGAGCCCUUCAACAGGCGCUGCGAACGGCCCAGCAAGAUGCAAUGGCUAGAAGCCAAGAAUCGCUGCUGGUCCAAGAAACGAAUGCUGUCGCUCAGAAAGAUCUUGCAUCGUCUUUACACCUGUCGCUCGAGUCGAUUUUGAAUUCAGAUAUGGACCGAGUUUACCGAGGCAUGCAGAGGUUUGAUGCUGCUAUGGAAUGGUUGACUAGCCGUAUGAACAUGGUCCUUGAGCAGGAAACCAGGCUAACGGAGCGACUUCAAAACAUGGAAACAUUCAUCCAACAAUCCGAAUCAAAAGCAAGCGAGUUACAAAAGGCCCAGAACCAACAAAUAGAAGCACUCUCUGCACAAUCGCGGGCCCAGGAGGCCAUUCAAUUUGACGCGCAAGUAUCGCAAGCUUUGCUAGCCAAGACUAGUGUUGCGGCGGCCAAUUUGCAAUCGGUCAUCGACGAUGCAGCAUUCAAGUUCAAGCAUAUCCCAGGUUUUGGUAUCGGAGGAUCCUCCGCAUGGUCUCUUUGUGUUGUCCUGCUCACUGUCAUCGCUUCCCAGAAUCUUAAGAUUGCAAUCUCUUUACUUUUUCUCUUUUUGGGGCAUUCUGUUGCCCUGACCAUCUUCAAAUUUCUUUAG